GUGGUAUCCACCUUGAAGUAGCCGUUAGGCCCGUUACAACUCAUCCUUCUCUUCUCUGCUUUAACCUCCCACUCCCGCCCUCGGAGUUAACAUGUUUAUCGUCGGAGAUUCUACCUCCGACCACCAGUGAGCAAAUCAACGAUGCCUCCGAGCAUUGUAAGGUUGUGCAAUAUGAACGACGGACAUGUCAACGUCAAGUCGCUGGAGCCUUUUUCCGUCUUGACUUCUCUGAAAAAGCGAAAACGUCCGCCGAUGAUUGAGAUCCCUAAUGUACUUCAGGUGAUUGAAUCCGCUGCUGAAAAAUUCAGACCGAAGAGUUGUGAAUCCAGAUCUGACGUGUUUUCGUCUAGUGGAUUCGGUGUUGGUGUUUGCUCCGUCAAAGGCAGGAAAUUAUGUAUGGAAGAUACUCAUACGGUUGUUUCUUCUUCGAACACUGACAAGGGUUUCUUCGGGGUUUAUGAUGGACAUGGAGGCAGGAAGGCUGCGGAUUUUGUAGCGCAGAACCUACACUCGAAUAUAUUCGAUAUGUUAGAAAAAUCCUCGGGGAAUACAACAACAGAAGAAGUUGUUAAAGCUGCAUUCAUGAAAACAGAUGAUGAAUUCCUGAAACAGGGAUUAGAGAGUGGCUCUUGCUGUGUAACAGCCUUUAUUGAAGGAAAAGAGCUUGUGGUUUCAAACUUAGGUGAUUGUCGAGCUGUUCUUUCAAGAAAAGGAAAGGCUGAAGCUUUAACUAAAGAUCAUAGAGCAUCACAUGAGGAUGAACGAAAAAGAAUACAAGAUAAGGGUGGAUAUGUGGAGCUUCAUCGUGGGACUUGGAGGGUUCAUGGUGUACUUGCAGUGUCAAGGAGCAUAGGUGAUGCUCAUUUGAAAGAUUGGGUAUUGGGUGAACCUGAAACGACGAUUUUACCCCUAACGGAUGAUUUGGAGUAUCUAAUCUUGGCUUCUGAUGGACUCUGGGAUGAGGUCGGAAACCAAGAAGCUGUUGAUAUGGUGACACGUUGCAUGAGGAAUGUUUCAUCAAAACCCAAGAAAGUUUAUCGAGUGAAGCAAAUAAAACAGAGAAUUAAUAAUAAUAUUAUUAAUAAUAAAUGGAAAGAAACUGAAAAUGAAAAUGAAAAUGAAAAUGAAAACGAAAAUGAGGAACCCAGUUUGAAGGUUAGACGUAUAUCACAUGUUGACCAAGUCAACGGCAUGAUGCCAUUGCCAUGUGGCCUUGUAGAUUCCUGCAAGGAGCUUUUGAACCUUGCUGUAAGUAGAGGAAGAAAGUAUACCAGGGGAAAAUUACAUUAUGUUGACUUACUUGAUAUUGACGCAUUUUCGGUGCUUGGCAUUGACGAUAUAAUGGAAAAACAAGGGUAUGUUGAACCUCACCUUGUAUCGGAGAAGAUGUACUAUCAUUUUCAAAGACCUUUAUGUGAUUUGGAUUUUGGUCUUUUUGCUUUGGGUUCUAAUGAUGAUGUUCGCCAUUUGGCUCGAUAUGUUAGUCAACAUAAGCAGAUAGAUGUGUACAGGAAGCAUGGAGAAACCAAACUGCAUACAUACUCAAUGUCCCCCAAUCCAUUUGAACCUCAAAUUGAACCACAAGUUGUACUUGGGCAAGACAGUGUCACAAACCAAACCAAUGCAUUCGAUCAAGACAAUUUUAUAGCUAAUGUGGACAUGAAAAGUGAACAUGACCGUUUUGGAGCCAAUACGGACAUGGAAAGUGAACAUGAUAUCAGCGGUGAUGAUGUGGAUUAUAUUGUGGACAAAUAUAAUAUGAUACAUGAUGUAGAUGUUGAUAUCCAUGAUUUCCACAUGAACAUUGACCACAAUGUUGAAUGGGCUGGAGGUGCAGCUACAACAACCACCCCGGAAGCCUUACAAGAAGAUGAAGAACUUUAA